CCAGACAAAAUCAAUUCAACACUUUCUCUCUCCUCUCUCCCUCUUUUUCCUCCUUCAAACAAACAGAUUUUGACUCAAAUAUUCACCAACGACCAACAAUGGAGGUAUUAACGAUGCUAAAAUUCUGGAAAUCUAGCACUUCUAAAGUUGCCGCAGGAACCACCGCUAGCGACGGAGAUGCCGCUGAAACCAUCACUGAAUCCACCAUUUCCGAUCAUCUCACAGAAGAGAGCGACGAUGACGAUGACUCAUUCUUCGAACUGGAGCUCGCAUUGCCGGCUUACGACUCCAAAUUCUCUCUCACUUCUCCUUGUUCGAAGAAUUCAUCAGAGAACUUCUAUAAUUGCGAAGAUGAGAGAGAAUCUAAGCCGAAAAUGAAGUCCAAACCUCAAUCUCCGAUUUCAAUUCUUCGAUCGGCGUCUCCGAAACUCCGAGUCUUCAUGUUCGGCAAACUCAACAAGAAGUCGAAGCGCGUUGAUGAGAUUUUCGAAACGGAGAGCGUUUCAUCGACUUCUUCUCCAAAACGUAACAGUUCAAGCCUGUUCACAGUCAAGUUCAGAAUCGAAGACGGAUCAAUAGUUCCGAAAUUCACUCGGAGUCGCAGCAACAGCUCAAACGUUUCCACCAGUCCGAAGAUCGAAAAACAGAGCUCCGACGCUCUAACAGAAUCGUCGAAACGUUUCUCCAAAGACGCCGUUCAAAAAACAUUUCUAAACCUCAUCAAGCCGAAAACCUCGAGAAAGUGUAUCGACGGCGAGAAAACCGCUUCUUCUCCAACAAGACAGUCGUCGACGACGGCGACGCCAUUUUCUUCGCUGAAGAAGGAGAAAGAGAGCAGUCGAUUCAAAGCGAAAUGUAAGCAGCUAGGAAAGAGCAAAUCAGCUUCAGCGAUGAUCGUUCCGUCUCCGGCGAGUUUCCCGGCGAGAAACGACCAUCCUUGUGACGGCAUUGAAGGCGCUAUUCUACACUGCAAACGCUCUUUCACCACUUCAAAAGGACAUUCGUCAUUAUCGAGAUGUAGCAGCGAUCCAUCACAUGAGAAGUCAAUUCAAGUGUCAGACAUAAUCUGAAGAAAAAAAAAGAAGAUGAAAUGAUUAGUGGUUGCUGCCUGUAAACUUUUGUUUGAUUAUUGUACUCCGUAUUUAGGAGAGAGAAAGUGGCGGGAAAAUCUUCUCCCAUUGUUGGUUUAAUCAUAAUUAGGAAAGCAUAGUUUGGUGAAUAUCUCUGUAUUUGAGAGAGAUGAUUUUGAGAUUAGGUGAGUUUAGUUUGUUAGGAGUGAUGAUUUUGAACGAAUUUAGAUGAUGAUGACCAGUGGAUGAGUGACGAGUGAGCUUAGGUCACUUGAGUCGUCUUGUAAAGCUUUUUUAACUGUUUGUUAAUGAUGAUAUGGUAUUUUUGUAAA